AUUACUUUAGUCACACACGGCAUGCACAUGAUCAUGAGUCAGUCACUCGAUCACGCUCAUAUGAUCACGUAGACCAUGCAAUUCACCACAUGCAAUUCAUCGUCAAAAGCCAGGCAGCCCAGCCCACGUGGCACACAAGGCUGGCUGGCUGGCUGCCAGUGGCUCGUUGGCAAUUAAGACACGUGCGACUCACUCACUCACUCCUUUCUGCAGGGAGAUCACAGGCAGCCAUCGAUGUGCCUGUCUGUCGCAUCAACGCAUCAUGGCCAUGAUGUGUGGAUGCGAUAAGCGCGGAUGAAGGGAGACAGACAGACAGACAGAGAAAGAAAUAAAGAAAGAAAGAAAGAACGAGAGAGGCUGUCAUUCCGUAGUAGGUAGCUGACUGCACAGAAGGAGAGGCGAGAUGGUAGACAUUCAAACCUCUGUUGAAAGCCAGGUGCCCUGCCCAUCCGUGGCAGAUCCAUGUACGCGUUAGGAUGUGUCUAGCUAGAUUAAAACCCCCCUCUACACUAUAUAUACGCAAUACGCAGCGCAGCGCCCAUCCCCUGCUGGAUGUACGCUACGCAGCCCACUCACCCCUGCCGUUCACUGUACAACCAAAAAAGCAGAUUGGUUGGCAUGGCGUGGGUGGCUGUCUGACCGACCUGCCCAUCGAGUGACAUGUGCCAUGUGGAUGGGCAUGGUGUGGCCUCAAGAAACGCAGCUGGCUGCAUGACCGACUGACUGACUGACUGACUGCAUGCAUCAUUCAUUCAGGUAUGGCGGGCGAAAAAGUCCUUCAAAUGAGCGUAUGUGUGGGUGGGGGUGGGGGUGGGGGGAAUGCAUACACCUAUUGUAUAUGGUCGGCUGUGUGCUAUCUGGCGACGAUGUCCAUGAGCCACAGGUCCAUUGCCUCCACACCUGCUCGAAUCUGCUCCUGCUGCCAGAUGCGAGCAGUCUGAUAAACACACAAACGAUACAACAAGACAGGCAGGCAGAGGGGGUCGCACAGCUGUCUGUCUGUCCAUGUGUUUGGCGAGUCACACACUCACCUUGAAUGGAAAUUGGUAGCCAUACGCCCCCCACUGCACACGACACAACCAGCAGCAAGACCCGGGUGCACGUGAACGUUCGCCACAAGGCUGUGCUGUCUGUGCGUACCUGGUAGUGGUCCCCAUCGUCAAUGUAUACCUCGGUGAGAUGGCCGUCCGGCACGCGCGUCCUCAUCGACUGCUCGAUGCGCGCAUGACACCUCUCCUGCACAAUACACACACAAACACGCAUACAUGAGCAAGACAUAGAGACGAGCCGACACCCCCCCUCCCUUGUGUAGUGGGUGGUGUGGCUGUUGCCCCUCACCGGAUCAUCAGGCUCAUCAUACCGAGAAAAAUCUGAAAUUCAAGCACGACAAGCCGUUAAUGCAUGACAUGGAUCCCCAUCCAUCCACCCACCCACCCACCACGUGUGCCGACAAGUUCCAUGAAUUCCAUCUGUGCGGCGCCGGUGUCGCCGCGGGCCGCCAUCAGUGUGAAGUUGCUGAACCCAAACACACCCGCCAUGAUGAUGCCGCCACGCACAUACGGCGGCUGGCUUCUGACGGUGUUGCGGGCCGUGUUGGCUUCGCAAAAGUCACCGACACCCACACCACCGGCCGAAUGGCUGCACACGAGCAGACAAUGAAUGGGUGAGGGGAUGGAUGAUGCACGUCUGACCUACCCAAUGGCGAACCAAUCAUCAACACUGCAGACAGACAAGAGACAAGAAGGGUAAUACAUACAUACGAUCACCAUCUCAUCUCCUGACUGAGUGACUGUCCUUACAUGUGUCCCAGCUGUUCCAGCACCCUGUUGCCCGUCUCGACGGCAUUGAGCGGACUCAGUAGGAUGGGCGCAUACGGACACACCAUGAAGUAGCCCUUACGCGCAAGCUGCCUGCAGACCACAACACAGCACAACACAGCACAAGAGAACACCACACCACACGCCAUGAAUGGAUGCAGACAGAAAGGGGACGCCUUUGUGUCUGACCUUAGCAGUAUGGCAUAUGCUUCAGGUGGCACGUGUCGCCCCACAAACAUGAUCAUGCCAGCCUUGUAGGGCGUGGCCCCCUCGUAGACCCACCACAGGUUCUCCUCGUCGAAGCGCGCACUCACAGUGUCAUUCUGAGUGAGCGUCGAGUUCUCGUCCAGCCACUCCAGACCCUCCGCCGUCACCUCCUUGUAAUACAGACUGCACACCCACCCCGACCACACACACACAUACAAAGGUGCGGACCUGCCUGCAGGCACAGAUUUCCUUACGUACCCGAAGACGGUCGCUGAGAGGCCGGCGCGCCAUUCCUUCGGUUCGGGGCAGUAGAGGAUGCAAGAGGGCCGGGGCGGCUCUGUCUCUUUGUCGUACUCGGGGUCGCUCCUGAGGACCUCCUUGGGCAGCUGGUGGGGGAACCCGUCGUACCUCGACGGCUCCUCUACAAGGAACAUGUCGUCCACGCCGCCCGUCUCCACUGCCAGGAUGUUGUGGUAAAAGGACGUCGUGUAGUUGCCCAGGAUCAGCACAUCCACCAGCGGAUCGCGCGUCUUGAGUCGCGAGUUGGGCGCGUACUCAUCCGUGUGGUUCUUGCUCGUGUCGCACGGGUACUCGUGCCAGCUGAAGUCGUCAUGCGUCACAUUCGGGAGAGUCGCGACCAGCGCUUCAAUGGGCAGUUUGUCAAGGUGUGCUGCGAUGACAUCGGGUGGGAAGACCACGUCACUCUCUCCGCCGAGCAGCUGGACCAGCAUGUUCUUGUCCUUGAGGUUGGCCGUCGCGUCAGGGAUGCCACCCACGAUCGAUAUGGCCUUGACGCGGGGGUAGAAGGUCUCGGCAAAGACCGAGGCCGCCUUGGCGCCUUCGCCAAACCCAAUCAAACCCCAUUUCUCAAGCUCGAAUUUGCCCAGCAGCUGCAGGACCAGUGAGGUGCAUGCCUGGCAUGGCCUCAACUGCUCGACGUCGAAGUCCUCGGUGGCCAUGCAGGGGGUGCACGGCGGCAGCACCACUAUCACGGGAUGAUCCAGGAGCCCUCCCCGUAUCUCCACGCCGCGAGCAGUCAGCCGAUGGGCCAGCGGCGCGUACGCACGGGCAUCAUAUCCAAUGUCGGGGAAGAUGACCACUCCUGCGCGAAUGACGUUGGGGAAGCCCUCCGGUAUGAUGCCUUCGAAGAUGUAGGCGCCGAGGUCCUGCGUCACCUCCACGGUCUCACUGGAGUUGAGGAAGAGCUCCACUGCCUCGAUGGGUCGGCACUUUGGCAUCGUGGCGACCUCCGGCAGCUGUCUGUCGGGUGCCUGCCGUGGGACUCGCAGUGCGGUGUCUUGUGAGGCAGCUUUGGCCUCGUGGCCCUGGCCCUGGUGCAGGGUCACCAUCAUGAAGAACAGUAGCGGCCGCAGCGAAUGGCGCAUAGGAUACCCCUCCCAGGCCUCCCUCCCUCCUCGCCUGGCGUCAACACCUGCAAGACACACGAGGGGUCACUCUGCAGAAAGAGAGUCAUGUGCUGACCUUGGCGCUUCCUGCCGCCGCCGCCUCCAUUUGAACCGUCGUGUGUCUUCCAGCUCCCAAUGAAAGGACAUAUGGAUGACGCCAGCUCCCGUUGAAAGGACAGAGAACGUUGCCUGGGGUUUUCCCCACUGUGUCAACAGCAACGGGUUCCCCCUUGCAGCGCUUUCGUCGUCGUGGCCAAAGACGUUUCUUUAUUUCUGUCACCAACGGCAAGAAAGCUCCGAUUUUUUCACCUCUGCUGAUCCCUCGAGUGACAACUUCAAGUGGCGGGGCUGUGAGCA